AUGCUCCUUCGUCCUCCUCCUCCUCCUCCUCCUCCUCCUCCUCCUCCUCCUCCUCCUCCUCCUCCUCCUCCUCCUCCUCCUCCUCCUCCUCCUCCUCCUCCUCCUCUUCCUCCUCCUCCUCCUCCUCCUCCUCCUCCUCCUCCUCCUCCUCCUCCUCCUCCUCCUCCUCCUCCUCCUCCUCCUCCUCCUCCUCCUCCUCCUCCUCCUCCUCCUCCUCCUACUCCUCCUCCUCCUCCAUUCCGCAAAUCAUUCGGAGCAUUAAUGUGUGGGUGGAACACGGAGCAGCAGCGACCAGAGGAGAGCUGCAGCGACCAGAGGAGAGCUGCAGCGACCAGAGGAGAGCUGCAGCGACCAGAGGAGAGCUGCAGCGACCAGAGGAGAGCUGCAGCGACCAGAGGAGAGCUGCGAGGAGAGCUGCAGCGACCAGAGGAGAGCUGCAGCGACCAGAGGAGAGCUGCAGCGACCAGAGGAGAGCUGCAGCGACCAGAGGAGAGCUGCAGCGACAAGAGGAGAGCUGCAGCGACCAGAGGAGAGCUGCAGCGACCAGAGGAGAGCUGCAGCGACCAGAGGAGAGCUGCAGCGACCAGAGGAGAGCUGCAGCGACCAGAGGAGAGCUGCAGCGACCAGAGGAGAGCUGCAGCGACCAGAGGAGAGCUGCAGCGACCAGAGGAGAGCUGCAGCGACCAGAGGAGAGCUGCAGCGACCAGAGGAGAGCUGCAGCGACCAGAGGAGAGCUGCAGCGACCAGAGGAGAGCUGCAGUGACAGGAAGAGAGUUGCAGUGGCAGCACCAGCACUGA